AAGAAUACCGUUCGGAUGCGAGGGGAGGGGGACCGAGUCUGCAGCCGGCGCUCACCGACAGCGGCCAUGGGGUCGUGGGCGUUGAGGCUUCUGCUCUCGUCGGUGCUGCUCGGUGGAGCUUCAGUCGGAGACUUGGAGACGGACGGAGGCUGGCAUACAGAUCACGCCACGCAGAUGGUUGGCAAAGGAUCAUGCAGUGUGGAAGUGAGAGACUCUUUGACUUAUUCUGAAUUUAUUCAUCGGUAUGCAUAUUCAAGGCCAGUUAUUCUUCGAGGAUUCACACAGAAUGAGCAUUUCAGGGCUCUCUGCUCUAAGCAAAGGCUUCUGCAGAAGUUUGGAAAUCACUUGGUGAGAUUGAGCACAGCAAACACUUACUCCUAUCAGAAAGUUGAUGUUCCUUUUAAAGAAUAUGUCGAGCACAUAAUGAAGCCUCAGUCUUUGGAUUCUUUGGGUAGUGAUACACUAUACUUUUUCGGAGAUAACAAUUUUACAGAAUGGGACUCUCUCUUCAGAACAUACAUCCAGCCUCCAUACCAACUCCCUGGGACCAAAGGAGCUUACAGUUUUGGGAUAGCUGGUUCAGGUACAGGAGUGCCUUUUCACUGGCAUGGAGCAGGAUAUUCUGAAGUUCUAUAUGGGCGAAAGCGCUGGUUUCUUUAUCCACCAGACAAAACACCAAAAUUUCAUCCAAACAGGACCACACUAUCGUGGAUGCUUGACACAUAUCCAUAUCUACCAGAAAUGGACAAACCUUUGGAGUGUACUAUACAUCCAGGAGAAAUACUGUAUUUUCCAGAUCACUGGUGGCACGCUACCCUUAAUAUUGACACCAGUGUCUUCAUUUCUACAUUUUUAGGAUGAACACAAAGUCAAAUCACAUGGUUUUACCCAAUCCAUUUUCCUUCAACCUUCCGUAAAUCAAUAGAGGAUUGAGAGUCUGAAACAGCUGCCUCAAAUUUGCACAAAAUGAUCAGCACUGAAAAUAGCCAUAUUCUUAUUAAUGGAGUAAAUAUGAAUGCAGGUGAACAUCCAGCCUAUCCUAAAAAUGAAAUAAGAAGCUUAUUAAAAGUUACAUGUCUUUUGAACUGGAAUGACAACUGGACCACUGAAUGACAAAUAUAAUGAACAUUGUUUGAAGAUUCUCCAGUGAAAUAUUGAUUUGUUUGUACUACAUUGUCUUUGUGAAAAAAAUACUCUUACAUUCCAGUAUUGUAAUAGUUCAUUUUUCUCCUGUAAUAUCCAAAUGGUUGUCAGUUUUUUGUACCCAAUUCCUUUUGCAAGUAGAGUUGCUACAUAUAGUGUCUUCUAGUUCAGUCUUGCUGUAAGCAUGCCCUUUUACUUUAAGGCAGCCUGUCACAACCUUUUUGCCCUGCAGGAACCCACGAAUAAUAUUCGGUGUUGGAAACCCUGCAUAAAAAUUAUUAUUAUAUCUACAGCUCAUUACAGAUAAUGUGAUCAGGAAGUUAUAGAGAUAAUAAUCCAAAAAUAAUUGUCAUUGCUCUUUUGAGUAGAGAAUGCAUGCCAAGCAACACAGCAUCUGCAGAUUUUCUCAAGUGAAUUUUUAACCAAAUUCCCCUGAUAAAAGCAGGUAGUUAAGCUUAGCUUACUUUUCUUGAAAUAAAACCUUUUUUUUCCCUUUCAUAAAUUUUAAACACUCAUAAGGCAAACUUAUUAAACUUCUGCUAAAUAACUAGCUUAAGCCAAAAUGGGAUUUAAUUUUUCUAAAGGUAGGCUUGGUAGAUUUAUUUUAAAUAAAGGUUGUAAAUUAAUGCUAUUUACAAGUCAGUUGGCAGGGUGCAAGGGAGAGUUGGGGGAAGUAAUUCGGGAGGGAGAGGCUGACAUCAAUGCUCAGAAAACACACCACAAUCUUUGUCAGCAUACCGUCCUCCCCUCUAUGCAAUACAGCGCACACCAAUUAUCAAUGACCUCCCCUAUCUUGUGUCAACUACUGAGAACUGACUCCACCAAAUAAACCUGGUCUUACUGUGCACUGCCAUACUGGGCUGAGAGACCACACCCAAAAUUACUCACGGGUCAACUUCAUCACUGCCCACCACUGCGAGCACUAGCAUCACACGCAAAUCAUUAAACAAUUUUGUUUUUAAAACAAUCUCUCACAUAACCCCGUUGAGAAACCCUGCUUUAAAGUAUGAAAUGUUCCUUUUUUUUAAAUCAUACUAUGUCAGAUUAGAGCAACAUCUAAAGAAACAGCUCUCCCAAAGCACUUUAUAUCCAGAAAUCAUGGCAAACAAUUAAGCACAAGCAAUAAGCUAUGCCAGAUAAUGUUUAAUACAGGUGAGGGUGAGUUAAGUGGUAGUAACUCCCCACUCCUCUUCAAAAUAAUUUAUCUGCAGCUAAAAUUUAAGCAUUCAAAAAGCUGUAGAAAAGUCACCUGCUAAACAACUAAAACACCUAUUAUUAAUCUGCAUCAAUAUCAAGGGAGAUCCAGAUCUCUCCAAAUCUGCUUUGACUGAUCCGUCAAGUGUAAGGGAAAAGUUGACCUCAUUAUGUUAACAAACUAAUAUCCUAUAAAAAUAUAUAUUGGAUUCUAAGUAAAUAGCGAUAUGGCAAGAAUGGGAAGUUAGCUGUUUCAAUAAUUAUCAAUUCAUUUCUCCUUAAUCAUAUAAUAAUCCUACAUUAUAACAUCUCUGAAAACCCAUUUCAUGCUUUGAACAAAAUGCAGUUUAAAGUUAAUGUUAAGACUAACUUGAGAGGAUCUAAUCUAAACAUUAGAUAUUGCAAUAAGUGAGUAGCAACAAAGGAAUUUUUAAUUUGAUGUCUACAUCAUAAAAUGAUUUAAGUGCAGCUAUAGUGUAAGUGUGAAGCUAACUGACAUUACGUAGUUAGUUCCAGAUAUUAGAAUCAGUAGGCAGAUUAGAAUCAUAAAUGUCAGGUGUUUAGACAUUUAAUAUUUCAUUCCACUUCUUAGUACAGAAUAAAAAUAGGAAUUUCAUCCAGAAUGCUGGACAAACUGCAACUCAAUUAUUUUCAUAACUUGAAUAUGUGAAAGUUUACCAUGGCACUUUAAACAUCUAUUUUUACCUGCUAAAUUGGUCUCUGGCAUUUCUUUAGAAUUAUCAGCUGCAUCGAUAAGGGGAGCCUGCCGCAUUGGCAACAGCUUGCCCUCCUUAUCGCACUGCACCGGCUUGCUUAUCACGUAAACAGCAAGGACGCAACAUCCAUGGCCGACCCCGACAAAUGGAGGGCCUCUCACAGCUGUUUUGGUAUUUCAACUUUGCUUUUUGUAGUGGCUCUGAAACAAGCAUAGUAAUAGGCCAGACAGAUUCUGAUGGAUCCUCAAGCCAGAUCAGUUAUUCUCAGGAAGAAUUGUUGUAAAUAAAAAUGAACAGGGCCAUCCAUGCAUAAAUA